CUCCCUCUCCUGCUUCACUUCACGGGGCGAACAUGGCGCACAGCUGUCGGUGGCGCUUCCCCGCCCGACCCGGGACCACCGGGGGCGGCGGCGGCGGGGGGCGCCGGGGCCUAGGGGGCGCCCCGCGGCAACGCGUCCCGGCCCUGCUGCUUCCCCCCGGGCCCCCGGCCGGCGGUGGCGGCCCCGGGGCGCCCCCCUCCCCCCCGGCUGUGGCGGCCGCGGCGGCGGCGGCGGCGGCGGGAAGCAGCGGGGCUGGGGUUCCAGGGGGAGCGGCCGCCGCCUCAGCAGCUUCUUCGUCGUCCGCCUCGUCUUCGUCUUCGUCAUCGUCCUCAGCCUCCUCUGGGCCAGCCCUGCUGCGGGUGGGCCCGGGCUUCGACGCGGCGCUGCAGGUCUCGGCCGCCAUCGGCACCAACCUGCGCCGGUUCCGGGCAGUGUUUGGGGAGAGCGGCGGGGGAGGCGGCAGCGGAGAGCUAACAACACAGAUCCCAUGUAGUUGGAGAACCAAAGGCCUCAUACAUGACAAAAAGACUGAACCGUUCAGGUUACUUGCAUGGAGUUGGUGCUUAAAUGAUGAGCAGUUCUUAGGUUUUGGCUCAGAUGAAGAAGUCAGAGUGCGAAGUCCCACAAGGUCUCCUUCAGUUAAAACUAGUCCUCGAAAACCUCGCGGGAGACCUAGAAGUGGCUCUGACCGAAAUUCAGCUAUCCUCCCAGACCCAUCUGUGUUUUCCCCUCUAAAUAAAUCAGAGACCAAAUCUGGAGAUAAGAUCAAGAAGAAAGAUUCUAAAAGUAUAGAAAAGAAAAGAGGAAGACCUCCCACAUUCCCUGGAGUAAAAAUCAAAAUAACACAUGGAAAGGACAUUUCAGAGUUACCAAAGGGAAACAAAGAAGAUAGCCUGAAAAAAAUUAAACGGACACCUUCUGCUACAUUUCAACAAGCCACAAAGAUUAAAAAACUAAGAGCAGGUAAACUCUCUCCUCUCAAGUCUAAGUUUAAGACAGGGAAGCUUCAAAUAGGAAGGAAAGGGGUGCAGAUUGUACGACGGCGAGGAAGGCCUCCAUCAACAGAACGGAUAAAGACCCCUUCGGGUCUCCUCAUUAAUUCUGAACUGGAAAAGUCCCAGAAGGUUCGGAAAGACAAGGAAGGAACACCUCCACCCACGAAAGAAGAUAAGACAGUUGUCAGACAAAGCCCUCGAAGGAUUAAGCCGGUCAGGAUUAUUCCUUCUUCUAAAAGGACAGAUGCAACAAUUGCUAAGCAACUUUUGCAGAGGGCAAAAAAGGGGGCUCAAAAGAAAAUUGAGAAAGAAGCAGCACAGCUGCAAGGAAGAAAGGUGAAGACACAGGUCAAAAACAUCCGACAGUUCAUCAUGCCUGUUGUCAGUGCUAUCUCCUCACGGAUCAUUAAAACCCCUCGGCGAUUUAUAGAGGAUGAGGAUUAUGACCCUCCCAUUAAAAUUGCCCGGCUGGAGUCUACACCAAAUAGUAGAUUCAGUGCCACAUCCUGUGGAUCUUCUGAAAAAUCAAGUGCAGCUUCUCAGCACUCCUCUCAAAUGUCUUCAGACUCCUCCCGAUCUAGCAGCCCCAGUGUUACUUCCACAGAUUCUCAGGCCUCUGAGGAGAUUCAGGUACUUCCUGAAGAGCGGAGUGACACCCCUGAAGUUCAUACUCCACUGCCUAUUUCCCAGUCCCCAGAAAACGAGAGUAAUGAUCGGAGAAGCAGAAGGUAUUCAGUGUCAGAGAGAAGUUUUGGAUCUAGAACAACUAAAAAAUUACCAACUCUGCAGAGUGCCCCCCAGCAGCAGACCUCCUCCUCUCCACCUCCACCUCUGCUUACUCCCCCUCCUCCACUGCAGCCAGCCUCCAGUAUCUCUGACCACACACCCUGGCUUAUGCCUCCAACAAUCCCCUUAGCAUCACCGUUUUUGCCUGCUUCUGCUGCUCCCAUGCAAGGGAAGCGAAAAUCUAUUUUGCGAGAGCCGACGUUUAGGUGGACUUCUUUAAAGCAUUCUAGGUCAGAGCCACAAUACUUUUCCUCAGCAAAGUAUGCCAAAGAAGGUCUGAUUCGCAAACCAAUAUUUGAUAAUUUCCGACCCCCUCCACUAACUCCUGAGGAUGUUGGCUUCGCGUCUGGUUUUUCUACAUCUGGUUCUGCUGCUUCAGCCAGGUUGUUUUCACCACUCCAUUCUGGAACAAGGUUUGAUAUGCACAAAAGGAGCCCUCUUCUGAGAGCUCCAAGAUUUACUCCAAGUGAGGCACACUCUAGAAUAUUUGAGUCUGUAACCUUGCCUAGUAAUCGAACUUCUGCUGGAACAUCCUCUUCAGGAGUAUCUAAUAGAAAAAGGAAAAGAAAAGUGUUUAGUCCUAUUCGAUCUGAACCAAGAUCUCCUUCUCACUCUAUGAGGACAAGAAGCGGAAGGCUAAGUACUUCUGAGUUGUCACCUCUCACCCCCCCGUCUUCUGUCUCUUCCUCGUUAAGCAUUUCUGUUAGUCCUCUUGCCACUAGUGCCUUAAACCCAACUUUUACUUUUCCUUCUCAUUCCCUGACUCAGUCUGGGGAAUCUCCAGAGAAAAAUCAGAGACCAAGGAAGCCGACUAGUGCUCCAGCAGAGCCAUUUUCAUCAAGUAGUCCUACUCCUCUCUUUCCUUGGUUUACCCCAGGCUCUCAGACUGAGAGGGGGAGAAAUAAAGACAAGGCCCCUGAGGAGCUGUCCAAAGAUCGAGAUGCUGAGAAGAGCGUGGAGAAGGACAAGAGUAGAGAGAGAGACCGGGAGAGAGAAAAAGAGAAUAAGCGGGAGUCAAAGAAAGAGAAAAGGAAAAAGGGAUCAGAAAUUCAGAGUAGUUCUGCUUUGUAUCCUGUGGGUAGGGUUUCCAAAGAGAAGGUGGUUGGUGAAGAUGUUGCCACUUCAUCUUCUGCCAAAAAAGCAACAGGGCGGAAGAAGUCUUCAUCACUUGAUUCUGGGACUGAUAUUGCUUCUGUGACUCUUGGGGAUACAACAGCUGUCAAAACCAAAAUACUUAUAAAGAAAGGGAGAGGAAAUCUGGAAAAAACCAACUUGGACCUCGGCCCAACUGCCCCAUCCCUGGAGAAGGAGAAAACCCUCUGCCUUUCCACUCCCUCAUCUAGCACUGUUAAACAUUCCACUUCCUCCAUAGGCUCCAUGUUGGCUCAGGCAGACAAGCUUCCAAUGACUGACAAGAGGGUUGCCAGCCUCCUAAAAAAGGCCAAAGCCCAGCUCUGCAAGAUUGAGAAGAGUAAGAGUCUUAAACAAACUGACCAGCCCAAAGCACAGGGUCAAGAAAGUGAUUCAUCAGAGACCUCUGUGCGAGGACCUCGAAUUAAACAUGUCUGCAGAAGAGCUGCUGUUGCCCUUGGCCGAAAACGAGCUGUGUUUCCUGAUGACAUGCCCACCCUGAGUGCCUUACCAUGGGAAGAACGAGAAAAGAUUUUGUCUUCCAUGGGAAAUGAUGACAAGUCAUCAAUUGCUGGCUCAGAAGAUGCUGAACCUCUUGCUCCACCCAUCAAACCAAUUAAGCCUGUCACCAGAAACAAGGCCCCUCAGGAACCUCCAGUAAAGAAAGGACGAAGAUCAAGGCGGUGUGGGCAGUGUCCUGGCUGCCAGGUGCCUGAGGACUGUGGCGUUUGCACUAAUUGCUUAGACAAGCCCAAGUUUGGUGGCCGCAAUAUAAAGAAGCAGUGCUGCAAGAUGCGAAAAUGUCAGAAUCUACAAUGGAUGCCUUCCAAAGCCUACCUUCAGAAGCAAGCUAAAGCUGUGAAAAAGAAAGAGAAAAAGUCUAAGACCACUGAAAAGAAAGAGAGCACUAUUGUGAAAAGCUUGGUGGACUCUAGUCAGAAACCUCCCCCAUCAGCACGUGAGGAUCCUGCCCCAAAGAAGAGCAGCAAUGAGCCUCCACCUCGAAAGCCAGUGGAGGAAAAGAUUGAAGAAGGGAAUGCCCCUGCACCCGGGCCUGAGCCCAAACAAGUCACCACUCCUGCUUCUAGGAAGUCCAGCAAGCAGGUCUCCCAGACAGCACCAGUCAUCCCCCCUCAGCCACCUAGCACAGCACCACCAAGGAAAGAGAUUCCCAAGAUCACUCCGAGCGAGCCUAAGAAAAAGCAGCCUGUACCACCAGAGUCAGGUCCAGAGCAAAGCAAACCGAAAAAAGUAGCUCCCCGCCCAAGUAUUCCUGUAAAACAAAAACCAAAAGAAAAGGAAAAACCUCCUCCAGUCAAUAAGCAGGAGAAUACAGGCACUUUGAACAUACUCAGCACUCUCUCAAAUGGCAAUAGUUCUAAGCAAAAAAUCCCUGCAGAUGGAGUCCACAGGAUCAGAGUGGACUUUAAGGAGGAUUGUGAAGCAGAAAACGUGUGGGAGAUGGGAGGCUUAGGAAUCUUGACCUCUGUUCCUAUAACACCCAGGGUGGUUUGCUUUCUCUGUGCCAGUAGUGGGCAUGUAGAGUUUGUGUAUUGCCAAGUGUGUUGUGAGCCCUUCCACAAGUUUUGUUUAGAGGAGAACGAGCGCCCUCUGGAGGACCAGCUGGAAAAUUGGUGUUGUCGUCGAUGCAAGUUCUGUCAUGUUUGUGGAAGGCAGCAUCAGGCUACAAAGCAACUGCUGGAGUGUAAUAAGUGCCGAAACAGCUAUCACCCUGAGUGCCUGGGACCAAACUAUCCCACCAAACCCACAAAGAAAAAGAAAGUUUGGAUAUGUACAAAGUGUGUUCGCUGCAAGAGCUGUGGAUCCACAACUCCAGGCAAAGGGUGGGAUGCACAGUGGUCUCAUGAUUUUUCACUGUGCCAUGAUUGUGCCAAACUCUUUGCUAAAGGAAACUUCUGCCCUCUCUGUGACAAGUGUUAUGAUGAUGAUGACUAUGAGAGUAAGAUGAUGCAGUGUGGGAAGUGUGAUCGCUGGGUCCAUUCCAAAUGUGAGAAUCUUUCAGGUACAGAAGAUGAGAUGUAUGAGAUUCUAUCUAAUUUGCCGGAAAGUGUGGCCUACACUUGUGUCAACUGUACUGAGCGGCAUCCUGCUGAGUGGCGAUUGGCUCUUGAAAAAGAGCUACAGAUUUCUCUGAAGCAAGUUCUGACAGCUUUGUUGAAUUCACGGACUACCAGCCAUUUGCUACGCUUCCGGCAGGCUGCGAAGCCUCCAGACUUAAACCCUGAGACAGAGGAGAGUAUACCUUCUCGCAGCUCUCCAGAAGGACCUGAUCCCCCAGUUCUUACUGAGUUCAGCAAGCAGGAUGAUCAACAACCUUUAGAUCUGGAGGGAGUCAAGAGGAAAAUGGACCAGGGGAGCUACACAUCUGUGUUGGAGUUCAGUGAUGAUAUCGUGAAGAUCAUUCAAGCAGCCAUUAAUUCAGAUGGAGGGCAGCCAGAGAUUAAAAAAGCCAACAGCAUGGUCAAGUCCUUCUUUAUUCGGCAAAUGGAACGAGUUUUUCCAUGGUUCAGCGUCAAAAAGUCAAGGUUUUGGGAGCCAAAUAAAGUGUCAAGCAACAGUGGGAUGUUACCAAACGCAGUGCUUCCACCUUCACUUGACCAUAAUUAUGCUCAGUGGCAGGAGCGAGAGGAAAACAGCCACACUGAGCAGCCUCCUUUAAUGAAGAAAAUCAUUCCAGCUCCCAAACCCAAAGGGCCUGGAGAACCAGACUCACCAACUCCUCUACAUCCUCCUACUCCACCAAUUUUGAGUACUGACAGGAGCCGAGAAGACAGUCCAGAGCUGAACCCACCCCCAGGCAUAGAAGAUAAUAGACAGUGUGCAUUAUGUUUAAUGUACGGUGAUGACAGUGCUAAUGAUGCUGGCCGUUUGCUAUACAUUGGCCAAAAUGAAUGGACACAUGUAAAUUGUGCUUUGUGGUCAGCGGAAGUGUUUGAAGAUGAUGAUGGGUCACUAAAGAAUGUGCAUAUGGCUGUGAUCAGAGGCAAGCAGCUGCGAUGUGAAUUCUGCCAAAAGCCAGGAGCCACUGUGGGUUGCUGUCUUACAUCCUGCACCAGCAACUAUCAUUUCAUGUGUUCCCGAGCCAAGAACUGUGUCUUCCUGGAUGAUAAAAAAGUGUAUUGCCAACGACAUCGGGAUUUGAUCAAAGGCGAGGUGGUUCCUGAGAAUGGAUUUGAAGUUUUUAGAAGAGUCUUUGUGGACUUUGAAGGAAUCAGCUUGAGAAGGAAGUUCCUCAAUGGUUUAGAACCAGAAAAUAUCCACAUGAUGAUUGGCUCAAUGACGAUUGACUGCUUAGGAAUUCUGAAUGAUCUCUCUGACUGUGAAGACAAGCUCUUUCCUAUUGGAUAUCAGUGUUCCCGAGUGUACUGGAGCACCACAGAUGCUCGCAAGCGCUGUGUGUACACGUGCAAGAUAGUGGAAUGCCGUCCUCCAGUUGUAGAGCCAGAUAUCAACAGCACUGUUGAACACGAUGAAAAUCGGACCAUUGCCCACAGUCCAUCAUCGUUUUUAGAAAGUUCAUCUAAAGAGAGUCAGAGUACAGCUGAAAUUCUAAGUCCUCCAUCACCAGACCGACCUCCUCAUUCGCAAGCCUCUAGCUCCUGUUAUUAUCAUGUCAUCUCAAAAGUCCCUAGGAUUCGAACACCCAGUUACUCUCCUACACAGAGAUCCCCUGGCUGUCGGCCAUUGCCUUCUGCAGGAAGUCCUACCCCAACCACUCAUGAAAUAGUCACAGUAGGUGAUCCUUUACUCUCCUCUGGACUGCGAAGCAUUGGCUCCAGGCGACACAGUACUUCUUCCUUGUCACCCCAGCGGUCUAAGCUCAGGAUAAUGUCUCCAAUGAGAACUGGGAAUACUUAUUCCAGGAAUAGUGUUUCCUCAGCCUCCACCAUUGGGACCCCUACAGAUCCUGAGUCAAGUGCCAAAGCAGUUGAUCAUAACUUAGGGCCACUGAAUUCAAGUGCUACCGUAGGGCACAGCACUCCCACAUCUUCAAGUUUGCAAAGAACGGUAGUCACUGUAGGCUCUAAAACCAGUCACUUGGAUGGAUCUUCAUCUUCAGAAAUGAAGCAUUCUGGUGCUUCAGAUGUGACAUCCAAGGGCUCCUCUUUAAAGGGAGAAAAAAUCAAAAUGCUGAGUUCCAAGAGUUCAGAGGGAUCUGCACAUAACCUGGCUUACCCUGGAAUUCCUAAAUUAGCUCCACAGGUUCAUAACACAGCUUCUGGAGAAUUAAAUGCUAGUAAAAUCAGCAAUUUUGCUGAACCUUCUUCAGUGCCAUUUUCUUCUAAAGAGGCCCUCUCCUUCCCCCAACUCCAUUUGAGAGGACAAAGGAAUGAUCGAGACCAACACACAGAUUCUACCCAACUGACUAAUCCUUCUCCAGAUGAAGAUACUGAAAUCAAAACCUUAAAGCUUUCUGGAGUGAGCAACAGAUCAUCCAUUAUCAGUGAACAUGUGGCAUCUAGUUCCAGAGACAGGAGACAAAAGGGGAAAAAGUCUUGUAAAGAAACUUUCAAAGAAAAGCAUGCCAGUAAAUCUUUUUUGGAACCUGGACAGGUGACAACUGGUGAGGAAGGAAACCUAAAGCCAGAAUAUGUGGAUGAGGUUUUGACUUCUGAAUUUAUGGGGCAACGGCCAUGUAAUAAUGUUUCUUCUGAUAAGAUUGGAGAUAAAGUCCUUUCUGUUUCAGGAGUCCCCAAAGUUCCAUCCAUGCAAGUAGAAGGACCUGCCAAGGAAUUACAAGCACCCCGGAAACGCACAGUCAAAGUGACAUUGACACCUUUAAAAAUGGAAAGUGAGAAUCAGUCCAAAAAUGCACUGAAAGAAAGUGGUCCUGCCUCCCCUUUGCAAAUAGAGUCAGCAUCACCAACAGAACCAGUUUCAGUUUCCGAAAGUUCAGGAGAUGGGCCAGUGGCUCAACCAAGCCCCAAUAAUGUCUCAUCCCAGGAUUCUCAAAGUAACAACUAUCAGAAUCUUCCAGUACAGGACAGAAACUUAAUGCUUCCAGAUGGCCCCAAAGCUCAGGAGGAUGGCUCUUUUAAGAGGAGAUAUCCCCGUCGCAGCGCCCGUGCACGUUCUAACAUGUUCUUUGGGCUAACCCCACUCUAUGGAGUCAGAUCCUAUGGCGAAGAAGAUAUUCCAUUCUAUAGCAGCUCCACCGGGAAGAAGCGAGGCAAGAGAUCAGCUGAAGGGCAGGUGGAUGGGGCCGAUGACUUGAGCACUUCAGAUGAGGACGACUUGUAUUACUACAACUUCACAAGAACAGUCAUUUCUUCAGGUGGAGAAGAACGGCUGGCAUCCCAUAAUUUAUUUCGGGAAGAGGAGCAAUGCGAUCUUCCAAAAAUUUCACAGUUGGAUGGUGUUGAUGAUGGGACAGAGAGUGAUACCAGUGUCACAGCAACAACAAGGAAGAGCAGCCAGAUUCCAAAAAGAAGUAGUAAAGAAAAUGGAACAGAAAACUUAAAGAUUGAUCGACCUGAAGAUGCUGGAGAAAAAGAACAUGUCAUUAAGAGUUCUGUUGGCCACAAAAAUGAGCCAAAGAUGGAUAACUGUCAUGCAGUAAGCAGAGUUAAAACACAGGGACAGGAUUCCUUAGAAGCUCAGCUCAGCUCAUUGGAGUCAAGCCGCAGGGUCCAUACAAGUACCCCCUCAGACAAAAAUUUAUUGGACACCUAUAAUACUGAGCUUCUGAAAUCAGAUUCAGACAAUAACAACAGUGAUGACUGUGGGAAUAUCCUGCCUUCAGACAUUAUGGACUUUGUACUGAAGAAUACUCCAUCCAUGCAGGCUUUGGGUGAGAGCCCAGAGUCAUCUUCCUCAGAACUCCUGAAUCUUGGUGAAGGUUUGGGUCUUGAUAGUAAUCGGGAAAAGGACAUGGGUCUUUUUGAGGUAUUUUCUCAGCAGCUGCCCACAACAGAGCCUGUGGACAGUAGUGUCUCUUCCUCUAUCUCAGCAGAGGAGCAGUUUGAGUUGCCUCUAGAGCUGCCAUCUGAUCUCUCUGUCCUGACCACCCGAAGUCCUACGGUCCCUAGCCAGAAUCCCGGUAGACUGGCUGUCAUCUCAGACUCGGGAGAGAAGCGAGUAACCAUCACAGAGAAAUCUGUAGCCCCCACUGAAGGUGACUCAGCACUGCUGAGUCCAGGAGUAGAUCCUACUCCUGAAGGCCACAUGACUCCUGAUCACUUUAUCCAAGGACACAUGGAUGCAGACCACAUCUCCAGCCCUCCUUGUGGUUCAGUGGAGCAAGGUCACGGCAACAGUCAAGAUUUAACUCGAAACAGUAGCACCCCUGGCCUUCAGGUACCUGUUUCCCCCACUGUUCCCAUCCAGAACCAGAAGUAUGUGCCCAAUUCUACUGAUAGUCCCGGCCCAUCUCAGAUUUCUAAUGCAGCUGUCCAGACCACUCCACCCCACCUGAAACCAGCCACUGAGAAACUCAUUGUUGUUAACCAGAACAUGCAGCCACUUUAUGUUCUCCAAACUCUUCCAAAUGGAGUGACCCAAAAAAUCCAGUUGACCUCUUCUGUUAGUUCUACACCCAGUGUGAUGGAGACAAAUACUUCAGUAUUGGGACCCAUGGGAGGUGGCCUCACCCUAACCACAGGACUAAAUCCAAGCUUGCCAACUUCUCAACCUCUGUUCCCUCCUGCUAGCAAAGGAUUGCUCCCCAUGCCUCAUCACCAGCACUUACAUUCCUUCCCUGCAGCUACUCAAAGUAGUUUCCCACCCAACAUCAGCAGUCCUCCUUCAGGCCUGCUUAUUGGGGUUCAGCCUCCUCCAGAUCCCCAGCUUUUGGUUUCAGAAGCCAGCCAGAGGACAGACCUCAAUACCACAGUAGCCACUCCUUCCUCUGGACUCAAGAAAAGACCCAUAUCUCGUCUACAUACCCGAAAGAAUAAAAAACUUGCUCCCUCUAGUACCCCUUCAAACAUUGCCCCCUCUGAUGUGGUUUCUAAUAUGACACUGAUUAACUUCACACCCUCCCAGCUUUCAAAUCAUCCCAAUCUAUUAGAUUUGGGGUCACUUAAUACUUCAUCUCAUCGAACUGUCCCCAACAUCAUAAAAAGAUCUAAAUCUGGCAUCAUGUAUUUUGAACAGGCACCCCUGUUACCACCACAGAGUGUGGGAGGAACUGCUGCCACAGCGGUGGGCACAUCAACAAUAAGCCAAGACACUAGCCACCUCACAUCAGGGCCUGUGUCUGGCUUGGCAUCCAGUUCCUCUGUCUUGAAUGUGGUAUCCAUGCAAACUACAACAACUCCUACAAGUAGUGCAUCAGUUCCAGGACAUGUCACCUUAACUAACCCGAGGUUGCUUGGUACUCCAGAUAUUGGCUCAAUAAGCAAUCUUCUAAUCAAAGCCAGCCAGCAGAGCCUGGGCAUUCAGGAACAGCCUGUGGCUCUACCACCAAGUUCAGGAAUGUUUCCACAAAUGGCGACAUCACAGACUCCCUCUACUGCUGCAAUGACUGCAGCAUCUAGCAUCUGUGUGCUCCCCUCUUCUCAGACUACGGGCCUGACAGCUCCAUCACCAGCUGGCGAGGCAGAAGAACAUUAUCAGCUGCAGCACGUGAACCAGCUCCUGGCCAGCAAAGCCGGGAUCCUUUCUUCCCAGCGUGACCUUGAUUCUGCUUCUGGGACCCAGGUAUCCAACUUCACCCAGACAGUAGAUGCUCCUAAUAAUGUGGGGCUAGAGCAGAACAAGGCUUUACCCUCAGCCAUGCAAGCCAGCUCAUCCUCUCCAGGGGCCUCUCCAUCCUCUGGACAGCAGUCCGGGAGCCCCUCAGUGCUGGCCCCCACUAAACCCAAACCAAAAAUCAAACGGAUUCAGCUGCCCCUGGAUAAAGGGAAUGGCAAGAAGCACAAAGUUUCCCAUUUGAGGACCAGUUCUUCUGAAGCACACAUUCCAGACCAAGAAGCCAACACAGCAUCCCUGACCUCAGUCAUAGGGACUCCAGGAGCAGAGGCUGAGCAGCAGGAUACAGCUAAUGUGGAACAGUCUUCACAAAAGGAAUGUGGGCAGCCUGCAGGACAAGCAGCUAUUCCAGAGAUUCCAGCAACCCAAAAUCCAGCAAAUGAGCAAGAAAGUACAGAACCUAAAGCAGUAGAAGAAGAAGAAAGUAAUUUCAGCUCUCCGCUGAUGCUUUGGCUCCAGCAAGAACAAAAGCGGAAGGAAAGCAUAGCUGAGAAAAAGCCCAAGAAAGGACUAGUUUUUGAAAUUUCAAGUGAUGAUGGCUUUCAAAUCUGUGCAGAAAGUAUUGAAGAUGCCUGGAAAUCACUGACAGAUAAAGUCCAGGAAGCUCGAUCAAAUGCCCGCCUGAAGCAGCUCUCAUUUGCAGGUGUUAACGGUUUGAGGAUGCUGGGGAUUCUCCACGAUGCAGUUGUAUUCCUGAUUGAGCAGCUAUCUGGUGCCAAGCACUGUCGGAAUUAUAAAUUCCGUUUCCACAAACCUGAGGAGGCCAAUGAACCCCCCUUAAACCCUCAUGGCUCAGCCAGGGCUGAAGUCCACCUGAGGCAAUCAGCAUUUGACAUGUUUAACUUCCUGGCUUCUAAACAUCGACAGCCACCUGAAUACAACCCAAACGAUGAGGAAGAGGAAGAGGUACAGCUAAAGUCAGCUCGGAGGGCAACUAGCAUGGACCUGCCAAUGCCUAUGCGUUUCCGGCACUUAAAAAAGACAUCUAAGGAAGCAGUUGGUGUCUACAGGUCUCCCAUCCAUGGCCGGGGGCUUUUCUGCAAGAGAAACAUAGAUGCUGGAGAGAUGGUCAUUGAGUAUGCUGGCAACGUCAUCCGCUCCAUCCAGACUGACAAGCGGGAGAAGUAUUAUGAUAGCAAGGGCAUUGGUUGCUACAUGUUCCGAAUUGAUGACUCAGAGGUGGUAGAUGCCACCAUGCAUGGAAAUGCUGCACGCUUCAUCAACCACUCAUGUGAGCCUAACUGCUACUCUCGGGUCAUCAACAUUGAUGGGCAGAAGCACAUUGUCAUCUUUGCCAUGCGUAAAAUCUACCGUGGAGAGGAACUCACUUAUGACUAUAAGUUCCCCAUUGAGGAUGCGAGCAACAAGCUGCCCUGCAACUGUGGCGCCAAGAAGUGCCGGAAGUUCCUAAAUUAAAGCUGCUCUCCUCCCCCUGUGCUGGAGUCCUAGGACCCAGGGCCAUCCAAAGCAAUGCUAAGGCCUUUUCCAGCAUCUAGGAGCUCCAGGAUUGAGCGGGCACAAUUGAGGGGCCUCCGUGAUGGCUUCACACCCUUAUGUCCCAUAUUCACAUCAUUAUGUGAUCGUAGUCCUGGGGAAGAGAGGAGGUCUUGAAGAUCCUUGAUUGGCUUUUUCCUAGGGCCCCCCGUUUGCUAUUAAAAGUGGGAAACAGGUUCCCUAGGAGAUUUGUCUGGAAGGAGCCUAUAGAGGGUUAGUUAUAUGGUAGAUGAGGCCUGAGCAUCUCAGAGAACAAGUUGUCAUCCUUGUCUUGGCCCUUUCCCAAGCACUAUAAGUGAGGGGUCAGGCAAGACCCCAGAUGCAGGGCUGGUUGGAUACCUAAUAGUUUGCUCAUCAGGCCCCAAGUGUGGCCGUCUGUUGAACAAAUAGAGAAGGUCUGGUGAUUUUUCCCUACUAUCUUCCCACUUAAGAGUUCACUUCCAGUUGGGAGACAAGAUUCCUAGCACCUCUGGUGUCAAAAGGCUGUCUUGGGGUUGUGCCAAUUAAUUACCAAACAUUGAGCCUGUGGGCUUUGAGUGGGAGUGUUACCCCAGUGAGCCUUAUCUCAGCCAAUUACCUUUCUUGACAGUAGGAGCGGCUUCCCUCUUCCAUUCCUUCUCUUCACUCUACUUUCUUCCCUUUCCCUGUCCUUCAUCCCACUGCUUUCCAUUUCUUUCUGGGUGGUAGGGGAGAUUGACUCCCUGCUCAAGGACACUCCCUGUUGGGCGUAGGAUGUGCCUACAAAAAGUUCCCUGAGCCUGUAAGCACUCCAGGUGGGGAAGUGGACAGGAGCCAUUGGCCAUAACCAGACAGAAUUUGGAGAAGUUUUCAUAAAGCUCCUCUGAGAGUUUUAAAGAAAUAUAUGUAGCAUGAUUUUUUAGAAGAGGAUAAAGGUUAUUUAAAUAGGAUUUGAUCAUGCAACAACCAGAGUGUCACAACCAGGACAACCCCUGGGCCCCAUUCCUAGGGCAUGGUUACUUUGUUUUCCCCUUGUUAAGACAUAGGAAGACUUAAUUUCUAAAUGGUCAGUGACCAGUUGACGGCAGAACACUAAUCAGAUUUCCAGGCCCAAAACUUGGGGACUAGACCACCUUGUGUUGAGGGACCUCUGCCACCUGUGCGCAAUCCAUGGAUGAAGUAAAUUAAAUGACACUACUGCCCUGAUUACUCCUUAGGAUGUCGUCAAAAUAGCAUCAAAUGUUUCUCCUCUUCCUUCCCCCAAGACAGUCCUGAACCUGUUAAAUUAAGUCAUUGGAUUUUACUCUGUUCUGUUUACAGUUUACUAUUUAAGGUUUUAUAAAUGUAAAUAUAUUUUGUAUAUUUUUCUAUGAGAAGCACUUCAUAGGGAGAAGCACUUAUGACAAGGCUAUUUUUUAAACCGCGGUAUUAUCCUAAUUUAAAAGAAGAUCGGUUUUUAAUAAUUUUUUAUUUUCAUAGGAUGAAGUUAGAGAAAAUAUUCAGCUGUACACAAAGUCUGGUUUUUUUCCUGCCCAACUUCCCCCUGGAAGGUGUACUUUUUGUUGUUUCAUGUGUAGCUUGUUUGUGCCCUGUUGACGUAAUGUUUCCUGGGUCUGCUCUUUGACAUAAUGGAGAAGGAAGGUCACCCAGCUCCAUUAAGCCACUCCCCUCCUUCCACACUGAAGCUCCUCAAAAGGCUACUGUAGUAUGUUAACACACCAGUUUCUUCUCUUCUUUCCCACACUGUCCCUCUGUCUCUGGCACUGACCCCAGAGUAGUGAAAGGCAGUGCUCUUUUGCGUUGUCCCUCAUCUUUACUACUUCAGAGUUAGCAACUAACAAGUUGAAUGCACCUUGACAUUCUUCAUCACCAUCUGCCUCAUAGAUCACCUCCUUUCCUUUCCCUCUGCCCACCAAGUCCUCAUAUCUGCAAAGAACCCAUUGAUUCCCUUGUGCCCUCUUUUGGGGCAGCCCGUUGAAACUGAAGCACAGUCUGACCACUCACGAUAAAGCAGAUUUUUCUCUGCCCCUGCCACAAGGUUUCAGAGUAGUGCAGUCCAAGUAGAGGCUGGGGCACCCUUUUCUUGCCACAAGAAGCCCAUUCCUCUGUUAAGUCUAGCAAAGCAAUACGACUCAGCCCAGCACUCUCUGCCCCAGGACUCAUGGCUCUGCUGUGCCUUCCAUCCUGGGCUCCCUUUCCUUCUGUGACCUUAAGAACUUUGUCUGGUGGCUUUGCUGGAACAUUGUCACUAUUUCCACUGUCAUGCAGGGGAGCCCAGCACUGUGGCCAGGAUGGCAGAAUUUCUUGUCAUCGUGGAGAAGUGCCAGCAGGGGACUGGGGAAAAGCACUCUACCCAGACCUCACCUCCCUUCCUCCUUUUGCCCAUGAACAAGAUGCAGUGGCCCAAGGGGUUCCACUAGUGUCUGGUUUCCUUUAUUAUUGCACUGUGUGAGGUUUUUUUGUAAAUCCUUGUAUUCCUAUUUUUGUUUUUAAGAAAAAAAAAAAAAAACCUUAAGCUGCAUUUGUUACUGAAAUGAAUAAUGCACUGAUGGGUCAUGAAUUCAUCUUGAGAAAGACCCAAAGGCCAGUCUGAGGGUGGGGGAAACUCAGCUAAAUAGACCUAGUUACUGCCCUGCUAGGCCAUGCUGUACUGUGAGCCCCCUCCUCCUCCUCUUUCUAUAAUCCCAAACCCUGAGGUCAGGGGAGGAACCUACACCUUUCCUUCUCCUGCCAGCUGCAGAUGGUUUGCCUUGCCUUUCCACCCCCAACCGUCAACCACAGAAAUGAGAAAUCCCUCUUAACAGCUCAGCCUUGAGUCCAUUGCCAAAAUGUCAGCAUACCUGCCAGCAACUUGGAGGAUAAGCUAAGGUUUCCCUGUGGGAGGGAAUGAGGCAAAACAGCAUUUCUAUCUCCAAAACAUGUCAUGAGUUUGUUUAGAAAGUGACCAAGGGAAUUUCUGCACAGAAAUGCAGAUUGAGGAAUUGUGGUGGGUCAUUCCCAAGAAUCCCCCAAGGGGCACCUCAGAUCCCUAAGGAAUAACAGCUGCAAACCUGGUCAGUUCUCAGUGAGAGCCAGCUCACUCAACGCUUUGCUGCUAGAACCUGUUGUGGCUGCAUUUCCUGGUGGCCAGUAACAACUGUGUAACCAGAAUAGCUGCAUGGCACUGACCCUUUGGCCGGAACCUGGUCCCUUGGCUCCCUCUGUUGGUACCCACCAUGUCCAACACAACCCCUCUUCCUGUUUUUAGACCAGUAACAAGAAUUAAGGGGAAGCCCUGGCACUAUAAGUUUUCAUCCAGACUCCUUUUGCCAGGACCCAGCCCACCACCCUGUUUCCUCUGUCAACGUCCCCCCCCCCCCCCCGCCAAUGCAGUGAGCGCCAUGCAGCCAUCUUGAGUUUAAAAAAAAAAAGAAAAAAGAAAAAAAAAUACAACAACACACACACAUACACACACACACUUUUAAUGAAUGUAUCUUUCUAAAGGACUGACUUGUUCAAUCAAAUAUCUGAAAAUACUAAAGGUGAAAACCUUGUCAGAUGUUAACUUUUAAGUUUGAUUUGGGAUUCUUUUUCAUAUAAACUAAGUUGCUUUUGUUUUUAAGGAAAAGCGGGUCAUUGCAAAGGGCUGGGUGUAAUUUUGUUUCAUUUCCUUCAUUUUAAAGCAAUACAAGGUUAUUGAGCAGAUGGUUUUGUGCCGAAUCAUGAAUACCAGUCAAGUCUCACACUCUGAAAAACUUGCAACCUUUUUGUUUGUUUGGUUUUCAAAUAAAUAUAAAUAUGAUAUAUAUAGGAACUAAUAUAGUAAUGCACCAUGUAACAAAGCCUAGUUCAGUCCAUGGCUUUUAAUUCUCUUAACACUAUAGAUAAGGAUUGUGUUGCAGUUGCUGGUAGUGGCAGGAAAACAUCAGGCCAGCGUUCCUCUGAUUCUCUAAUGGGGAACCCCAAACCACAAAGGGACGAUAAAACAGGCCAUUCCUAGGAUCAGAGCGAUGCAGAAAUGGUGUCACCUGGAUUUUCCUGCCCAUGAACGUUGCCAGUCAGCACCUGUGCUCCUUGUUUCUCUAUUUUUGGUUAUGAAUGUUGGGGUUACCACCUGCAUUUAGGGGAAAAUUGUGUUCUGUGCUUUCCUGGUAUCUUGUUCCGAGGUACUCUAGUUCUGUCUUUCAACCAAGAAAAUAGACUUGUGGUGUUUCUUUUAUUGAACUUUUAACAGUCUCUUUAGUAAAUACAGGUAGUUGAAUAAUUGUUUCAAGAGCUCAACAGAUGACAAGCUUCUUUUCUAGAAAUGAGACAUUUCUUGACAACUUUAUCAUGUAUAACAGAUCUUUUGUUUCGUUUUUUUUUUUUUUCCUUGUGUUCUUCCAAGCUUCUGGUUAGAGAAAAAUAGAAAAAAAAAAAAAAAGGAAAAUGUGUCUAAAGUCCAUCAGUGUUAACUCCCUGUGACAGGGACGAAGGAAAAUACUUUAAUAGUUCAAAAAAUAAUAAUGCUGAAAGCUCUCUACGAAAGACUGAAUGUAAAAGUAAAAAAGUGUACAUAGUUGUAAAAAAAAAAGGAGUUUUUAAACAUGUUUAUUUUCUAUGCACUUUUUUUUAUUUAAGUGAUAGUUUAAUUAAUAAACAUGUCAAGUUUAUUGCUGCA